CAGCAGAAGCAUCACUGAGAACGCAGACAGAACGGAAAAACAGGGAAAACACAUAUGUGCAGACACACAUAGAUUCUACUGAAUUAGGGAAAAGAGGAAUGAUGAGGCGAACACACAGUGAUACUACGAGAAUUAUAGAACACAGGGAUUUCACCGUUCUGAGGAAGCAGAGUACGCUGUCACACACACACACAGGGAUCUAGCUACUGGGAUCACAUGUGGAUCCAGGUGUGAGGAAACCUAGGAGAGAGCAGAACCGAGACAAGACCCAUUACGUGACUGCUAACGUCAUGUCUUACGCCACCCUUUUAUAACUGAGGUGUGGGGCACACGGACACAACACAAGAUCACUUCCCCUAAGGACAAGCCCUCUUAACGGCCAUCAUCAGGAUUUCGCCACCCACCUUCUCCAACCUCUGCACCCCAGACAGGGGAUCUGCACCCCUGCUUUACCUUCUCCAGACCCCUAAUUCUGAAGACAUGUUCUGCUUCUGUUUCCAGAGCCCCUCCCUCAAGCAGCAAGCCCUGGAGGCUGAGCUGUGCCCCUCGCCCCCCGGAACCCCACAGGAGGACCUGGAACUCCCCCCUUGUACCAAUGACUACCAGAGCCUAACCCCAUCACUCCAAUCCCUCCCAAAACAGAACCAGGACAUCAUCAGCACUUCACUGACAGAAGCAAGUCCGGUCCAGAGGGCCCCCAUGUCUCUCUCUGAGGGGAGUAGCAGUGAGUGUCUGCUGACCCCUGGUCCCAGUCCUCUCCUCCAGCGCCUCGCGGCUGGUGACUGUCCCAUACCGUCCCCCCGCUGCCACAACCUUAGCCAGGGCCAACGCUUCAACACAGACCCCGAAACAGCCCCCUCCCCACCCUGCUCACAACACAUCAGGAUGGCUCACUACAUAGUGAGGACUGAACCAGCAGAGGGAGCUAACAAGGCCCCAUCAGUCACAACGCUAAACAGACACAUCCAGAACCUGAGGAAGAGGAUCAGACAUUUCGAGGAGCGCUUUGAGCAAGAGAGACACUACAGGCCAGCAUACAAUGAUAAGACUGCCCACCCAGAAAUAUCUAGACUGAUGCGAGACCUCACUAAGUCUCGCAAGCAGCUCAAAGAGCUGAAGCUGAAACAGUGUGCGGAGGGGCUCAGAGAGCAGCAGAGAGGAGGGAACACAGGUACAUGCAGGUCCACCAGAGACCCACAGGGGGCGAUGGAGCACUACCAGAACAGUAACAACAAACCCUCACUGAAGGAGACCGUCGAUAGCCUGAACAAGAGAAUGAUGGCAAAACGACAGGAGGAGGGACUGCCAGAUAACAUCAAGGAGAUGACUCAGGCUCAGAUGGCUGUGGAGAAGGUCACCCUGCAGAAGUGUCUGCUCCACUUUGAGAGCCUGCAUGGACGACCGAGCACCAGGCAGGAGAAGACUCUGAUGAAGCCUUUCUAUGAUCGCUACCGCCAGGUCAAACAGCAGCUCCUGUGUUCCUCCACCACCAUCCCUGUCAUCACCACCAUAGAGGAAGAGGAGGGUUCUGAUGAAGAGUGUGUGAAGGACAGCCCCUGGCUACCUCAUACAGCGUUGCGCUGUGUGUCUUCAGAUGAGUCACUGCGUCUGCCGUAUAAUAAGGUGGCCAACAUACCUCUCGUGUCACCUCUGGAGGAGAUCAAAAGUCUACAGCCACCCAGCGUCACCACGGCAACACUGCAUGAGGCGUCAAGGUCAGAGUUACUGGAGCAGCUGAGUGUGACACGAGCAGAGAAGAAGAGACUCCGUUCAGUACUCCGAGACUUUGAGGACCACUUCUACACACAGACCUGCAGGAAUGCCCAGAAAGAGGACCGCGGGCCCAUGGCAGAGGAGUACUGCGAGUACAAGAGCCUAAAAGCUAAACUCCGCUUACUGGAAGCCCUGCUCAGUAAACAGGAUACUUAGAAGACUGUCUGAGCCUCCUUCACAGUGGGACUUUUAUUUUGAAACAGUUUUCUUACUCAUUUAUAGGACCUUUCUUUUCUGAACAAUUUUCGAAGUGAGAUACCGGUACUUCUUGUCAUGUUUCAUGCCAUGGUUACAUGGUGAUGCACUUUAAAAUGACUUUGAUGUUAACUGACUCUCACUUUGGUUAAGAGGGAUGGCAAGAUGAUUCAAGAGUUGCUGGACGACAUCCAGCAAUUUUUUGUCCCUUAACAAGUCCUUUGUUAUUUAUGAUGACAAAUUAUAUUUUAUGCAACUGAUGUAAUUUUUAUAUUUUAUGCAACUGAUUUAGUGUGUGUAACAGUUUAAUUUUAAGGAAACAAAGAGAACAAAUAUAACACAGUUGAUGUUAGAUACAUGUUAUCAAUUUCUAAGCUAUUUUAUGACACAAUUGUUACUUGCAUUUUCUUCUCGCAAAACUAUUGUCGGUAUAACAGGUGGUGUUCUACGUUCAAAUGCAGCACUUUGAAAAGUGCAAUCUUGGCAAGGAGGAUAUGUCAUCCAAAUAUACAAUCUGACAAUCCUGUAGAAUGUUUGUGUAUGUCAAUCAGUUUUUAGUCCCACAUUGUACUAUGAUAUGUAUUAGUUCAUAGUUGAUAUGAUGAAUUGUGGCAAUUCAAGUUAUACAUUACCUUGAAAAAAUAAAUGUAUGAAUGUUGGCAUAGGGCAAGUAACUCCUGCAGUCAAAUGGGUUUUUCAUCCCAAAAUGCCAUUCUUUACUAUGAUCAGAGCUCUUGACAUUGUGCACUUCUGGCUUCUAUAUUUUUGUAUAUAUAGCAGUAAAAAAUAAAUAUUUUUUUCACAUUUA